GGGCAGCCUCUUUCGUCCGAUAACAAUCGAAGAUGUAUAGUCGAGAAUCGCAGCAGUAUACCACGGUCAGCGGCGCUGUCCCGGCCCUUCCACUCAGGCUCGCCUCUCUUCCCAGCCUUGCUAGCAAAACCAGAGUCGUGACAUUAGUCGGACUCGUCGGGGUAGCGAGUCUGCUGCUAGCCAACCAUGAAAGGGUCUCUCCCGAGAACAUCAAGCACUUCUGGACACAGCACACGACAUCGGAUAGCUGCAAUCCCUAUGCAGAAUAUGGCGUCGUCCACAUCUCGGCCGACACGCCUGCUCAGAAUUACUAUGCGCCCAUAAACGAGACUAGCUGCCCUCGCAGUCGACUGCUGGACGAAGCAGUUGCUGCAUCUGAUCUGGCAGUCACUACAGGUCAGAGCAGCGUGAGCGGGAGUACGCUACCGUGGCUGCAUGACCGUACUGUUGCGCUCUUUGGCGAUAGUCACGAACGGUUUCAUCUCAUCGACUUUUGCAGGUUCUUUGGUCGAAUGGGCAAGGUCGAGCUCAUCGUUCCGUCCCAUCCGCUGUCGCCGCCAGCGUACACUUCCAGCAACGAGCCACCGAAUGAGAAUGAGGAUCUGAGCGCGAGCAGACCUUAUGUCUGUCAUGUGCAGUCGUUCAAUCUCACGCUCGUCAAUCUACACAUGUUCGGUGUAGCAUCGUUCCAAGAGUUCAAGGAUCAAGAUGUCGGCUCGUUCUUCCGUGACCGCCAUUACUAUCCGCCCAUGGUGACAGAAGACAAACUGAAUGAGGUGUUCUUGCCGCUACUUGCCAACAUUGGUAGACCCAUCGAUCUGAUCGAGUUCAGCACUGGCUACUGGGAUCUGCUCCACAAGUCCCGUUUGGAAGACACUCUGGAUGCCACGCGACGAACACACGCCGAGAACCUGCCUCUGUCCUAUAUUGACUGGUACGACAGCGGCCUGAGACGUCUCUUGCUGGCAGUGGCUCAAGCUUUUCCCGACCGUAGCGUGCCUAUCUUAUUCAGGCACUUGCAUCAGGUCCAGCAGCGACACGACACGCCCACCAAUCGCGUCGCAGCAUUUGGCGCAGUUGGCAAGAAAGUCGUCCACGAUCUCAAUACAAACGACACAAUCCCACACGUGCUCAAAGGCAGGCUGAGGGAUGACAACUGGGGUCCUCUCCUGCUCGGGCAAGAGGAUCAUAUAGCCGACACGAUGCAUUACAGAGGCUAUGCGAAUUAUAUCUGGGCAGACAUCAUCUUGUUCGAGCUACGAAGGGCAGUGACCGGUCAAGGUGCAUAGCUGCCGCAGUUCUUGUUGUUCAUUUUCAUUUGCAUAGGGCACGCGAGGCAUUUCGUUUGACGCGACAA